GCAGGCGGAGUCGACGGGGCACAGUGAGCGGUGGCCGAUUCGUGCCGCGCGAGCCGCUGAGCGAUCUGAACCGUCGAAGCGAUACGAUGAGGCCGUCGCUGUGGCGGCCGGCGCGGGUGGCCGACUUCUCCUCAUCCUCGAAGCAGUGCGAGGGGUCGGCGGGGAUGGAGGCGGCGGCGACGGAGGGGCACGUCCCGGUGUGCGUGGGGGAGGAGAUGGAGCGGUUCGAGGUGCCGGCGGAGCUGCUGAGCCGCCCGGCCUUCGCGGCGCUGCUCAGCCGGUCGGCCCGAGAGUACGGCUACCAGCAGCGUGGCGUGCUCCGCAUCCCUUGUCCCGUCCCGCUCUUCCGCCGCCUCCUCCUCGCCGGAGGUGAGGCCGAGGCGGAGCUCCUCCGGGCCCUCCGCCACGAAGAGGAGUAAGCCGUGAACGAAUCGAAUGGUCGAACAGUGCACAGUGAGGGACAGUGAUCCAAUUUUUUUUUUUCGUUUUCUUUUAGACGAUUUAAAACUUUUUUUUUUUAAUCUUCUUCCCUCGUUGUGAGCUUCUAAUUAUUAAGAGUGCGAGCAAUAAUGAAAAUAUCUAAAUAAAAGUCAUGUCAUGUUCUUUAAUGGAACCGCUGCAAAA